AUGCCGAAGAAAAAGGCAGACCUUAAAACGCUGGGAUUCACAAUGAAGGCUCAAAUGAAAAACUCCGUGGUGAUUGGACCUACCGCGGCUGGGGCUUUCCAGGAGAGACCGUCCAAACCGACCCUUUUCCGCAAAUUCUACGAGCGAGGCGAGUUCCCCAUGGCGCUGAAACACGACACCAAAGGCAAUGGCAUCGCGUGGAAAGUAGAGAUCGAAAAGCUGGAUUACCACCACUACCUGCCGCUGUUUUUCGACGGGCUAUGCGAGACGACGCACCCAUACGAGUUCUUUGCUCAGCGGGGGAUCCAUGAUAUGUUGGAGCACGGGGGUCCUAAAAUUCAACCAGUAAUCCCGCAGCUCAUCAUCCCAAUCCGGAAUGCUCUGAACACGAGAAACCCCCGGGUCAUCUGUACCACCCUAAAGGUCAUUCAACACCUGGUCAUGUCCGGAGAGAUGGUAGGGGAGUCUCUAGUGCCGUAUUAUCGACAGAUAUUACCUAUUUUCAACAUCUUCAAGAGGAUGAACAUAAACUCCGGAGAUGGUAUCGACUACAGCCAGCAGAAAAGGCAGAACGUGGGAGACCUGAUCCAGGAGACUCUGGAGGUACUGGAGCGCUACGGAGGAGAAGAGGCCUUCAUCAACAUCAAGUACAUGGUGCCCACCUACGAGUCCUGCAUGGUCAACUAAAGGCUACUCUCAAGCUGCACAGACUAAUACAAAGAUUAUAUCAGAUCUAUAAUUGAUUGCAUUUGGGGGAUGUUAUCUAAGCAUAAAACAUAUCUUUAUUUUGAAAGAUGCU